AUGAAUAAGAGACCAAUCGAUAAUUUACAUAAUAACAAUCUCUAUAGUAAUAAUGCUAAUAAUAAUAAUAAUAAUGGUUUCAAUCAAUUCACCAGUAAUAAAUCAAUCAAAUCGGGUGUAACUACUAAAUCACCUAUCUCUUCAACAACCUCAUUUCAAAAUAAAUCGAUUAUAUCUUCACAUAACUAUUCAAAUAAUAUAAAUAGUUUAAAUAAUAAUAAUAAUUUCAAUUAUUCAAAUUUCAAUAGCAAUCAAAAUAAUAAUGCAUUAAAUAACAACAAUCAUAGAUUUCCGAAUGGAGUAGUGUAUCAAACUAAAAUAUUAUCGAAUCCAACUGUGAAUACGAUUUCCACUUCUACUUUGACAACUCUAUUGCCAGCAACGAAUUCAUCGGCCUAUCCUGUAAAUAACAAUGUAAAUUCUUUUCAAUCACCUCCAAUUAUUUCAAAACCAAUUUCAAAAAUUUCGACAAACCCAACAACAUCACCAUCAUCAACAGCAGCAACAACAACAACUACAACAUCGACAAACUCUACAACAAACAAUGGUCAUAUACAAAAACAACAAUUACAACCUACAACAACUAGUCCUAUAGUUUCACCAACAAACAAUGGUUUCCCAUCAUUUAAUACCACUGGUCAAAAGGUUUUAGGUAAAUUCACAGGAAGUAAGCAGCAACAACCACAACAACAACAACAACCACAGAUCCAACAACAGCAACAACAACAGAUACAACAACAAAAUAAAAUACAAACAACAUCUUUAAACUCUAUUUCAAACAACAUUCAAAACAAGAAUAACAAUGGAUUUAUUAAUCCUAAUGAUACAAAUAUUUCAAAAUCAAAAUCUAAUGUAAAUCAAACAACACACAACAAUCAUAAUAAAUAUAAAAACAAAGAGAAUGUUCAAAAUCAACAAUCAAUUAUAAAAUCAGCACCUCAGUUUCAAAACAAUGUAAUAAAUAACAGAGCUUUAAAUGCCAAUACUAUUAGUAACAGUAUUGGUAGUAAUAGUAGCAACAGCAGUAGUAGUAGUAGCAGUAGUGGAAGUGAUAGUGGUAGCAAUAGUAGUGCUGGUCAUACAAGUGGAAGUAGUAAUAGUAAUAGCAAUGGUAGUAAGACUAGUAGUAAUAGUGGGUCAUCUGCAUCUCAGUUUGAAUUUGAAUUUGCAGAGGAUGAAACAGCUUCAGAAUUCUGUGAUGAAUUGCAAUCAAGUCAAUUUAGUAGUUUCUAUGAUCAAAAUACCUCUCAGAAUCGACAACAGAUUGAAGAUGAAUUUAAGUUUAAUUUAGAUGAUCAAUCACAAGAUCCUCAUCAUAGUCAAUUACUAUUGGUUCCAUUUAAUAAUGAUAACAACAACAACAAUAAUGCUAAACAAUCUAACACCAGGAAAUUCGUAAGGAAAAAGGUUGAUCCAACUACAGUCUCUCAGAGGAUAGAAGAUUGUUGUAAACAACUCUUUGAUUUACCAGAGAUGGUGUCAAACAUCUACAUUAGAAGAGGUAUAAAAACUUUAUAUGAUUGGCAGAAAGAGUGUUUAACUGAUGGUAAUCUACUCGAUGGCAGUAACUUAAUAUAUUCUUUACCAACAUCUGGUGGUAAAACAUUGGUUGCAGAGAUUAUAUUACUUAGAAGUGCACAUCUUCAAAAGAAAAAGUGUUUGUUUAUAUUCCCAUUCGUUAGUAUUGUCACUGAGAAGGCGGAAUCGUUGGUGGAGUUUGGACAGCAAUUGAAAUUCUCGGUCGAUGCUUACUAUGGAAUACAGGGUGUGAUACCGGUGCCACCUGGAAACGGAAUUGUUGUAUGUACCAUAGAGAAAGCGAAUAUCAUUGUUAAUCAGAUGAUUGAGGACAAGCGAAUGUCAGAGAUUGGUACUGUUGUCAUCGAUGAGUUGCAUAUGAUUGGCGAUGGCGAGCGUGGUGUGCUGCUGGAGAUGCUCAUCUCAAAGAUAUUGUUUGUCACCAAGGGCAGUGUGCAAGUGGUCGGUAUGUCUGCGACCAUUCCGAACCUGGCGAUGAUGCAACGGUGGUUCCGCGGUGGUGUCUACGAGAAGCAGUUCCGGCCUGUCAAGCUGGAGGAGUUUGUGCGGUUCGAGGAAAAGAUCUACGCGAAACCCGAUGGUGCACCCGCCAGACUGGAAGAGUCGAGACAGCUGGAGAAAGGCGAUAAUCUUGUGCAUUUGGUGAAGGAGGUGACAUCGGAGGGUCAUUCAGUGUUGGUGUUUUGUCAUACCAUUGAGUUGACCGUGUCGAUUGCCAAGAAGAUUGCCACUGCGCUGCCAGAGGAACGACAGGUCAAGAAGGACGAGAAGGAUAUACUGCUGCGUAACUUGGGUGCAGCGACAUUCCCGAAUGCCGACGAUAAUCUCAAGGCGACGGUGCCCAGUGGCGUUGCAUUCCACAAUUCAACGUUGACCAACGAUGAGAGAGAGAUUAUCGAACAGGGUUUCAAAGAGAGAACUCUCAAUGUGCUCUGUGCGACAUCCACUCUGAGUGCCGGUGUAAACUUGCCGGCGAAAAGAGUUAUCAUUAGAACACCAAAGAUGGGUUAUAACUUCAUCUCGACGAGACUCUACAAACAGAUGGCAGGUCGUGCAGGUCGUGCCGGUAUUGAUACUUCCGGUGAAAGCUAUCUCUAUUGCACCGACAAGAGAGAGUUUGAUAAAGCAAAGAGUAUUAUAACCUCUGACUUGGAACCUGUUGUCUCUGGUCUCAACGAUAAUCCAAGGCAAUUUCAAAAGAUUGUAUUAGAAUGUAUAUCUUCAGGUAUUGCAAAUAAUAUUAAAAUAAUAUUAGAAUUCUUUUCAUGCACAUUUUAUUGUUGUAACAUAAUCGUACCUCAGGCACAUAAGAAAUUAACUGCGCUCGAGUACCUUACAUUGGAGUUGACCAAUACAUUGAAUGAAUUGGAAAAGAGUGGGUUCAUCCAGAAACAAAAACCAAAGACUGAUGGAAUAGAUCAUUUCGGAUAUGAGGAGAAACCAAUGCCUCCUCUUGACACACCAAUUGAAGAUGUUAUUUGGGAACCAACAGGUUUAGGUGCUGCUACAUUUAAGUCAUCGCUAUCAACCGAUCAAGCUAGAGUUGUAAUGAAAGAUUUAUUAGCCAAUCAAGCUAAAGGAAUUAUAUUAAUUGAUGAAUUACAAUUAUGUUUUAUAACAACACCAAUGUUUGGAUUACCUUUUAUGAAAGCAGAGCAUUGGGUAAUGUUCAAGAGAAUAUACCAGUCAAUACAAGAUUCGAAAAAGGAGAAAUAUGCAAUUGCCAAAAUAAUUGGAAUCAGUGGAGACUAUAUAGAUAAUAAGGCCAACGGUGACUCUGAGCUCGAUCAACAAACAGAAACCUCUCUCGCCAAUUUACAUUGUAGGUUCUAUGUAGCGAUGGCACUCUGUGAUCUGAUUCAAGAGAAUCCAUUGUCGGUUGUAUCGGCGCGUUACAAGCUUGGCAGAGGAACCCUACAGAAUCUGAUGCAAAGUUCCGGUAGUUUCGCUUGGAUGGUUGUUGGACAGCGGUGUCAAACAGGAUAUCCUGCCGCUCGUUGA